AAUUUCAGAAUUUGGGUCACCCGAGAUGAGAAAAAGGUGGAAGGGGAGAACAGAGAGACCGAACGGAGAAGACCACGAAGCGGAAGCGCAGCCGCAGUCACGACAUGUCUCGCCGGCGGCGAGGCGGCUCCGACUCGGACGGCGAGGACGACAGCUUCCUCUACCGCUACCCGCUCCCUUCCGCCGCCGCCUCAGCAAGCGCCUCAGCGGGAGGCGGCGGCAAGCCCCGGGGUGGGGGUGCGGGCGGGGGCUCGGGUGGCCUCGCGCCGUCCAAAUCCACCGUCUACGUCUCCAACCUGGACUUCGCGCUCACCAACUCCGAUCUCCAUCUCCUCUUCUCCCGAUUCGGCCGCGUCGCGCGCGUCACGGUCCUCAAGGACCGUGAAUCCCGCCGCAGCCGCGGCGUCGCCUUCGUCCUCUUCGUCAGCCGGGAGGACGCCGCCGCCGCGGCCGCCGAGAUGCACGGCAAGGUUCUCAACGGGCGCACGCUCUCCGCCUCCAUCGCCGCCGACAACGGCCGUGCCGCGGAGUUCAUUCGACGCCGCGUGUACCGGGACAAGUCGCGGUGCUACGAGUGCGGCGAGGAGGGCCACCUCUCCUACGAGUGCCCCCGCAACCAGCUCGGGCCCCGCGAGAGGCCCGCACCGUCUAAGAAGUCGCGCCGCGGUGGUGGUGGUGGUGGCAGCGGCGGGCGUGGGCGCGGUCGCGGGGGCGAGGCUGAUUGGCAUUCGGAUGAUGAUGAGGAUGCUGCUGCCGCCGCGGCGUUCGAGGACGACAGGUGGGCGUCGGUGGUGGAUACGAGGGGAGAGGAGGAGAAGGCGGCUGGGAAGGAAGAUGGAAAUGGAAAGGGAAAGGCGGCGAGGAAGGAGAAGAGGAAAGGCUACUUCAGCGAUGAGAGUGAUGAGGACGACGACUAAGCUUUAGUGUAUCCUGCUAAGUGCUAACUAAGCUUCAGUGUAUCCUGCUAACAGUGUUGCGUUUUGACAUAGAUCUAAUGUGAGUUACGUGAUCAACAGCUUUGUGUUUGAAUCCUAGAUUUUCAAAUUUCAGAAGUUAUCUGAUGGCUGAUUACUCGUUACAGAUUACUCGUUACA